UUUCAGAACUAUCAAAAGUUUUUAGCAUUAACAUAAUGUAUUAUUGUGGCAGAGUCAUGCUUUAUUAACCUACAACAUUUAUCUUGCAGUUAAAGAUUCAGCACUUAUUUUCGAACAAUGUUUACACAGUAAUUUGACAGUUAUUUGAUAACUUUAUUUUAAAUUACAAUAUUUCAAGUAAGUCUAAUCAAUACGUUCGGUCUACUGUGCAGUUGAUAAAAAAUCAGAAUUAUUAGCACAGCAAGAAAAUUAUGUUGAAAAGAUCACUUCAGUUUAAAAAAAGGAAGAAAAUUAUUUUUUUUCUUCUAUAUCUUUAUAAUAAUGUUAUUUACUCUACAAGCUUAAAUAAGGUUCCAAACACAGUUUUUAGUGCAAAUCCUAAAGACAUGGAUAAUCAAUUGAACUUUAGUGUGGAGAAAAAAUCUUUAGAAAUUAUAAGGAGUUCUGCCUUAAUGGAAUUAAAUAACACAAAAGACAACAUUACUAAAAAUCAUAAUAAAACUACUAAUAAUACGUCCAUCCCUAAGGACUCUAUCUCAAAUUUAAAAAAGUUAAAGGAGUAUAAACUCUUUAUCAUUGAGUUUACCAGAGUUGAAACGCCUUUCAUCAUUGGAAUUUGGAUACUUUUCGCCAGUGUGGCAAAAAUAGGUUUUCAUAUGGCGCCAAAGUUAAAUAAAAUGUUUCCAGAAUCUUGUCUCCUGAUAGUAGUUGGAGUCGUCGUCGGAUUUUUUUUAUUUAAGAAGGAUGAUGUUCAUGUAUCUCCCUUAACACCUGAUACUUUCUUUUUAUACAUGCUUCCACCUAUUAUAUUGGAUGCAGGGUACUUCAUGCCUAAUAGAUUGUUCUUUGACCAUAUUUGGACAAUCUUAUUGUUUGCAGUGGUCGGAACAAUUUUUAAUACAUUGUCGAUAGGUAUGUCAUUAUGGCUUAUUGGAAGAAGUGGAUUUUUCUUAUGUACAGCUACAGUUCUAGAAAUGCUUCUUUUUUCUGCGCUCAUAAGUGCAGUUGAUCCUGUUGCUGUUCUUGCAGUUUUCGAAGAAAUUCACGUGAACGAAGUGCUCUACAUAGUUGUUUUUGGAGAAAGUCUUCUCAAUGACGCGGUUACAGUGGUUCUGUAUCAUAUGUUUGAGACAUACAGCGAAAUGGGGAUGACAAGAAUUUCGUACUCUGAUGUAUUAUCCGGAUUCACGUCUUUUUUUGUAGUUGCAAUUGGCGGUACACUGAUUGGUAUUGUAUGGGGCUUUGCGACUGCAUUUGUCACACGAUUUACUAACGAAGUCCGUGUCAUAGAACCUAUAUUAAUAUUUGUUAUGGCCUACCUCGCAUAUCUUAGUGCUGAAAUAUUUCAUAUGUCUGGAAUUUUAGCAUUGCUACUUAAAAUAAACACCAGUCAUUGUCAUUAUGCGUAGAGAUAUCCUUUUUUCA